AUGGUCUCCCUCUUUGGCUGGGGCUCCAGCUCCAAUUCCGACUCCAACGCUCCAAACCCACAAGAGACAUCCUCCCAAAGCCCGAGCCAAACACAACUACCUCAAUCAGUUCCUUCACCGUCUGAAUCAUCACAAUUAGCGCAGCAAUCCACACCACCCAACAACAGAAACCUCAAACUUUUCCUCGGCGGAGUAGCCUUUUUCUCGCUCUCUGUCUGGGUCACGCGCCGCGCGAGCAUAAAGAAACGCCUUGACUGCAUUCCUCCUUUCUAUUCCAGCUCAUUAUACUUUCAACCGAAGGUCAAUGGUGCAGGUGAGGCUUUUGAAGCUCUCAGUCUGGCUUCGCUCAACGUUUUCUCGUUCGGCAUGAUGACCACUGGUGCGGCCAUGUAUGCCCUCGAUAUCAAUGGGCUUGACGAUGCGCGACGAUUCAUGAAAGUUGCGAUGUCAGGUGACAUUGAUGAAACUGGCAAGUCGGAUGAACAGCUUGAGCAGGAAGUCACCGAGUGGGUGACCAAUUUGCUUGGUGAUCGGUUCACGAAGCAGUUGGAGAAGGAGCGCGCGAAGAAGCAGCAGCAGCCCGUGGCCGGCGAGAAGAGCGAAUAA